CUCAAUCAUCUUCUCUUCACUUCCUUUCUAAGAAAGCCUCAAGUCAGCCCUGGCGGCUCAGUUUCAGCAACCCAAACUUUAAUAAUUCUUUUGAUCUAUACUACCUUCAAAAUGCAUUCUCUUGCUAUUGUCUCCGCCUUCUUCGCCAUGGCUUCUGCUCAUGGAGUCGUCCUCUCUGUUGAGGGAGCUAAUGGAGUUACCAUGCCUGGUCUCAGCAUUGCUGAUGGAACUCCUCGUGAUUGCUCAAGCAACCGAUGCGGUUCUCAAGCCGACACCUCCAUCAUUCGUGAUCGUGAGAUCCGCAGUGGAGAAGCCAGCGCUCUGGGCAGGACCCAGGGUAACGGGCCUGUUGAUGCAUCCGUCAUGGUCUCCAACUUUCUGGGAGGCGGAAACGCUAAUAACGUCCCCACCAACAACGGCACUGCUGGUGCUACUGGUGUUGAGGAUGACUUGUCCAACUUGCCCAAGGGUAACAACCAGGGCAACAACCGACAGAGGCGUCAGUUGGGUAACUUCUUGGGUGGACUCUUUGGCGGUGGCCGUGGAGGUGGUGGUGAAAAGACCGAGACAGCUGAAGAGACCAGCGUUGCUGCUACGGCUGGAGAGGGUGCUAGCAAGGGCUUGCCUACUGCCUCUGAUAACGGCGAGGUCACCAUGACUUAUAGACAGAUCAACCAAGACGGCGCCGGUCCAAUGACAGCUGAAAUCGAUGCUACUUCCGGCGGCACUGACCCCGAUGCCUUCCAAACCGCUGAGGUGACCCAAGAUGUUCCUGGAAUUGGCAUCCAGGGUCUCUCUCUCGCCACCAACACCGACUUCCCUCUCAAGGUCCAGAUGCCCCAGGGUAUGACCUGCGAAGGCUCUGUUGGAGGAGCCAACAACGUCUGCAUCGUCCGUGUCCGCAAUGGCGCUGCUGCUGGACCUUUCGGUGGUUCUGGCGCUUUCACUCAGUCUGCUGCUUCACGAAAGCGUGCUAUUGCUUUCCGCCUCAAGAAGCGCAUGGAGAUCGUCCGCUACUAAGUGGAUGAUGAGGAUGUAUUAGAGACACCGCAAGUUGAGAAGAUGAUGGCAGAUAGCAAGGGACCUGUCUCAUAGAAAUACAUAUAUCAUUA